AUCCUAAAGUUAACCCCUCGUUAAAUCUCUCUCUCUCUCUCAGUCUUCCUCUUUCUUUGAUUGGAUCAGCAGGAGCAGAGGCACAGUCGCUACACCAGAGCUGCGAGGGUACCGGAUGAACAGACAUAUAUACCCUGUUAGUUAACUAACGGUUUUUCUCACUCUCCCCAUUUUGCCCUUCUCAGCCCGUCUAAUUUACACUCUAAUGCCAUAGACUUUACCCAAAAAUCUCCAUUUACCGCCAUUGAAGUCGGAACAAAGCUUCUUGUUAUUUCAAUAUUCCACAGUUAGUUAGUGUAUCAGGGUGGAAUUUAGCUGAGGAUGAUAACGUGGAGCGAUCUGUACAGCGUGCUGACGGCGGUGAUUCCGCUGUAUGUAGCGAUGAUACUGGCGUACGGGUCGGUGCGGUGGUGGAAGAUCUUCACCCCCGACCAGUGCUCCGGCAUAAACCGCUUCGUGGCGAUCUUCGCCGUCCCUCUCCUCUCCUUCCACUUCAUCUCCACCAACAACCCCUACGCCAUGAACUUCCGCUUCAUCGCCGCCGAUACCCUCCAGAAGGUCAUCAUGCUCGCCGCCCUCGCCAUCUGGACCAACUUCACCCGCAACGGCUCCCUCGAAUGGAUGAUCACCAUCUUCUCCCUCUCCACCCUCCCAAACACCCUUGUCAUGGGCAUCCCCCUCCUCAUCGCCAUGUACGGCCCCUACUCCGGCAGCCUUAUGGUUCAGGUGGUAGUAUUGCAGUGCAUCAUUUGGUACACUCUCCUCCUCUUCCUCUUCGAGUACCGCGGCGCGAAGAUGCUGAUCAUGGAGCAGUUCCCGGAGACGGCGGCGUCGAUCGUCUCCUUCAAGGUUGACUCCGACGUAGUCUCACUUGACGGCCGGGAUUUGCUGCAGACUGAUGCUGAAAUCGGCGAGGACGGAAAGCUUCACGUCAUCGUCAGGAAAUCCAACGCGUCACGACGGUCUCUAGGGCCGUGCUCGCUGCCGGCAUUGACGCCGCGUCCAUCCAACCUCACCGGAGCGGAGAUUUAUAGUUUGAGCUCGUCCAGAAAUCCUACGCCGAGAGGCUCUAACUUCAACACAUCGGACUUCUACUCUAUGAUGGGUUGCCAGGGUUUCCCGGCGAGGCACUCAAACUUCGGGCCGGCGGACCUUUACUCGGUACAGUCGUCGAGAGGCCCGACGCCAAGGCCUUCCAAUUUUGAGGAGAAUUGUGCUCCGGGCACUCUCUCGCCGCGGUUCGGAUUCUAUCCGGCCCCAGCGGCGGCGAACUCUUAUCCGGGGCCAAAUCCGGAAAUUUCAUCUACUUUGUCCAAAAGCAAUAAAAAUCGAUCAGCGCCGCAGCAACAAUCGCAAAUGAAAACCAGCCACGAUGCGAAGGAGCUGCACAUGUUCGUUUGGAGCUCGAGCGCCUCGCCGGUCUCCGACGGCGGCGGCCUUCAUGUUUUCGGGGGAACGGACUUCGGCGCGUCGGAGCAAUCUGGACGGUCCGAUCACGGAGCAAAGGAGAUUAGGAUGAUAGUGGCCGAUCACCCUCAAAACGGGGAAAGAAAAGAAGCCAUUCCGGAAAGCGAGGACCUGGGUGGGGAGAACUUCAGCUUUGCGGGAGGGAGAGAUGGGGAAGAGGAGGGAGAGAAAGAGGGGCCCAUGGGACUGUCAAAGCUGGGGUCCAGCUCCACGGUGGAACUGCACCCGAAGGGCGCCGACGGGAAGCAGAUGCCGCCGGCGAGCGUGAUGACGCGGCUGAUAUUGAUCAUGGUGUGGCGGAAGCUUAUCCGCAAUCCCAACACGUACUCAAGCCUCAUUGGUCUUAUUUGGUCCCUCAUAGCCUUUCGGUGGGAUGUGUCGAUGCCGAAGAUAGUAGAGAAGUCAAUCUCCAUACUGUCGGAUGCAGGGCUUGGAAUGGCUAUGUUUAGCUUAGGUCUGUUUAUGGCGCUACAACCAAAGAUAAUAGCGUGUGGGAACUCCGUGGCCGCGUUCGCCAUGGCCAUAAGAUUCCUGACUGGCCCCGCGGUCAUGGCCGCUGCUUCCAUUGCUAUUGGCCUCCGCGGCACCCUCCUCCGCAUUGCCAUUGUCCAGGCUGCACUUCCUCAAGGGAUUGUUCCCUUUGUGUUUGCCAAGGAAUACAAUGUCCAUCCAGCUAUCCUUAGUACUGCGGUAAUUUUUGGAAUGCUGAUAGCAUUACCAAUAACUCUUGUAUACUACAUCGUUCUCGGAUUGUAAGAAUUUUAUGAAGGGAAAAUUGAAAUGUCACAAAAAGAGAAAUUUUGAGAAUUGGGUGUGAUACUCGAUCAGAAGCAUUGACAUUGAUGCAAAAUGAGUUAUUAGCAUAGUAUUUAGCACUGAAUUUUCAAGAAAAGAAGGCUGAUGUAUAAAGAAUUUACUGAGUCAUGAAGUUACCCGAAGCCAAGGUAUUUGACUUAGUGAAGCCAUGAUAGAAGGAUCAUGCCCCUCUUCAAGGGCAAAUGUUCCACGUAAUUUUUCAAAACUUGGAGAACACGAAGAGAACUCAACAAGGGAAAGGGGAGACAAAAGAGACGGAAGCCAGGAAAUAAAGUGGCCCUUAAUUUGUAUUUCUCUUCAAUUUCUUUAUCUGUGUGAAGCCUAAUUUGAAAAUUGAUACGUGCCGUGGAAAAAUUGUCUAUGGAUGAUUGGAUUGAUGAUUCGCUCCGCAGUGAAGAAGAAGCUGGAAGAGUAGAACAUAUGUUUUUUCCUCCCCUUUUGUUUUCGAUUCUUGUUUUUGUUUUGUCAUUAGACCCUGCAAUUAGUUAGUUGCAUUUGUCUUGUAUCUUUUCUUGUAAUUUUCUUAGGUUUCCAUGAAAAAGGGUUUAUUAGUCAUCUCUCCUGUUAAUACAAAUAUAAUUAAGCGCA